CACAAAAACAAAACAAGCAAAAUGGGUCCACCCAUAUUCUGUCCCCACAGCCAUCCUCGCCUUAGUGAAUGUCAAAUAGACAGUGGUAAUAGCCCGGACAGUUUUAGAAGAUGUGUUGACGUGAAAUUUUUAGAAUGUUGUCGUGUUCUUUUAAACUUUGCCGUCUUAGCUAUUGCAAUACAAGUAUUGUGCAUGAGUGUAAAGGCCGGUCCAGUUAUUUUGAAUUUGGAUUAUUUACAAGGUCCAGUUCCCCUAGCAAGAAAUAUAAGGCAUCUACCCUGCAUAUCCAGAAGAACAGGUCAAGAAGGCCUCUGUAUGUUCGCAAUAGACUGCUUAAAAGCCAAUGGAUCUCAUCUCGGCACCUGCAUAGACAGAUUCUACUUUGGAUCCUGCUGUCAAAUUCCCGACAAAACCAUAUUACCGCAGAUAAUUAAUAAUAUAGACGAUAACACGAUAGAUGGUGCCAGUUUUGUUCAUCCACAAACUGAAAAUAAAGUGACAGUCACUAAGAUUCCUGAAAUAUUAAACACCAAGAGGCCUUUCAGUGACGCAACUACGGUUAAAACUACAGUAUUUCAGGAUAAAACUGAGGGCAUAUAUGCGGAAACUAAGUCAGAUGAUCUAACUACUAUAGAUAAUAAAAUACCUAACGACGAUAAAUUGACUACUGCUGUUGUAGUCGAAACUACGACAAAAAAAGAAGUGACGACUACUAAGACUCCGGAAAUAACUACGGAAGUUCCUAUUAAAAUAUCAACAUUCCAAACUGUAUCUGGAGACAGUAAUAAUUUAGCGACAGAAAAACCAAUUAAAAGUGAUGAUAAAAAGCCAUCAUCAACCACAACACAACAAACAACUGUAACGACUACUAUUAAGCCUAAACCACAAUAUAAACCUACUUACAAACCUAGACCUACAUUUAGGCCAACAAAUUUUACGAAGCCUGCGUAUAUUUCUACAACUCAAAAACCAAAACCUACAAAACCUGUAGCUCUCUAUAAUACAACUAGGAAACCUCCAUAUAGACUACCACCAAAACGACCAUCAACCAAAAAACCUCUACCAUCACCUCCUAGACUGAAUAUCACAAUUCUACCUCAAUCGACUAGCUCCCGGCCUAUUUUCACUAGGCCUUUGACUCCUACAAUAACAUACAUAAAUACUACAGUAGCUACUGUUGAAGAUAAGCUUACUUCAAUAACUACUACCACCACAACAGCAAAAUCAUCAACACAAACAACUACAUCAUCCAGCACAACAUCGACAACAACAACCACAACAAUACCUCCAACGACUUCUACAACAGUAUCACCAAAUUUAGCGUCAACGUCAACGGAAUUCCCGCCUCUAGUUACAUGGUCUAACACUGUGGAUUCUGCUACUAAGGCUCCUGAAAAAAUCACCACAACUGCCGAAGAAAUAUGGUCACCAAUCACACCACCAGAAGGCUGGGUUCUCAUCUCAACUAUACCACCAAAACCUGAAACAACAUCAACGACUACAACAUCUACUACUACUAGUACAUCUUCCACAACAGAACAAACAACGACUGCAGAAACGACACAAACAACGCAAGCAGAGGAAACAUCACCAGAAACAACAGUACAAACCACUGAAACGCCAAUGGAGUCGACAACGGAAAUAACAUCAUCAUCGACUAUGUCUUCGACGAUAUCUUCGACGUCCACAACAACUUCUUUGCCUUCUACAGAAGUAACAAACGAAGGAACAGAAGCGCCUGUAUUAGAAUUUACAGUAAAUGUAACAUUGACUCCUACAGUACCAACUUCCACUUCCAGUUUUGGACUAACAACGUUUACUUCUGUUAGUAAUAAGACUGAAGGGAAUACCACUGAAGCGACUACCGUUGUUGCUAAUGCAACACAGUCUAUAUUAUCUACGGAGACUGAACAUUUAUCGUCAUCAUCGUCAACUACAUCAUCACCGUCAAGAAAUGAGACGUCCUCACCAACGGAGACCCCUAUUAUUCCUGUCACCAUGGAACCAGUCAACAUGAGCGAUUAUAAAGACGUAUGUGGACGUCGCCUUUGGCCACAAGGCAGAAUCGUCGGCGGCGCAAAGUCAGGCUUCGGACAAUGGCCCUGGCAGAUUUCGCUACGACAAUACCGAACAUCGACGUAUCUGCACAAGUGUGGAGCAGCACUAUUGAAUGAAAACUGGGCGAUUACUGCGGCGCAUUGUGUUGAACAUGUACCCCCAUCAGAACUGCUAGUUCGCCUCGGCGAACACGACUUGGCGAACGAGGACGAACCGUACGGGUUCGCCGAACGCCGAGUGCAAAUCGUAGCCAGCCAUCCACACUUUGAUCCUGCAACUUUUGAAUACGACCUGGCUUUGCUUAGAUUUUAUGAGCCAGUCACGUUCCAGCCGAACAUCCUACCCGUGUGUGUACCAGAUGACGACGAAGACUUCGUUGGGAAGACUGCCUACGUCACUGGCUGGGGAAGACUUUAUGAUGAGGGUCCCCUCCCAAGCGUGUUACAAGAAGUGCAAGUGCCGGUCAUCAACAACACAGCUUGCGAGGCUAUGUACCGGGCUGCAGGAUACAACGAACACAUACCCAACAUUUUCAUAUGCGCUGGAUGGAAAACGGGUGGAUCUGACAGUUGUGAAGGUGACAGCGGCGGCCCAAUGGUAGUGCAAAGAAGCCGCGAUAAGCGGUUCGUCCUCGGUGGCAUCAUCUCGUGGGGCAUCGGCUGCGCAGAGCCCAACCAGCCCGGAGUCUACACACGAAUCUCCGAAUUCAGGGAUUGGAUCAACCAGAUUUUACAAUUCUAAAACCUUCCAACAAGUUCUGGAAUAUUGUCAAGACUGUGACACGCGAGACGUUUCGUACAAAAUAAUAUGCGACUAACUGCGUUCCGGAUGUACUGUCGUUUCGUAUACAAGAUUACAUUUUUAGCAAUCAUUGACUAUAUAAUAGCUAUGAUAGACAGGCUGAUUUUGUAGUCACCUCGUGCAAAAGACUAAUAAUCUUGUUUUGGUUUUUUUGUCUAGAUUUUAGGACUAAAGGGUUAAUUUUUUCUACCUAAUUUCUGUGACAAUUAAGUAUUCAAGUAUAUUAUCGUGAAAUGUUAAAUAUUAUUUCUGGAUACUACACUAGACUAU